AUGAACUUAUUACAAAUCAUCGUAUUCUUGAUUACCUCUUUUUUCACUGAAGUUUGUUGCUUUCAGGACUCCAUUUUAUCAAAUGAUUUUCAAUUCAAAGAUUAUGAAGAGAUUCACAACUUCAUAAAUGAGAACUCAAAUACUAAUAAUAUUUUACAUUAUCAAAACUUGAAUGAUUUGCAAGAAAAUUUAGAAGACCUUUAUACCUACAGAAAUUUAACAAACUCAGUAGUAUUAUUUCAUUUAAUUGACGAUGAUCAUUAUUUAAUUCCAGAAAUAAAUCAAUACCCCACAACAAACUCAGAUUCAGAUUCAGGCACCGAUUCGAAUUCAGAUUCAGAUUUUGAAAAUAGUGUUGCAAAAAAACCUCAAGUACCACAAAAUUGGAUAGAAUUUUAUGCAACAAAUAUUCAACAACUAAUAGAUCCAAGAGGUAUAGAAAUCCAAACGUUAAGUACAGUGGAUAGUGUAUAUGCACGGGGAGAAGUUGCAUACUCAUUGGGUCAAUUAAGAAGAGUUGCAACUGAAUAUGAUAUGAAUGCUUCAUUAUUUUUAGGUUUAAAUAUAUUCAUUGGAGGAUUAGUUGGAUUUAGAUUUGCACCAGAAAUAGAUUUUAGUAAUAGUUUUUCUACAUUUUAUACUUGCCCAGUUACUUUUGGAAAAACAGUUGUUAUAAAAGUUUAUCCUUAUUUAACUUAUUUAAAUCCUCAUUAUAAAAAUUUAAAAUGGAAUAGGAAAAUUAAACAAUUUGCAACAGCUUUUAAUUUUAAUAAAUUAAAUAAAAUUAAAUUAUUUACUAUGACUGGAUUAGAAGAUGUUGAAUGUGUUUACCAUUGA